UCCAACACUCGACAGCGCCAUCAUGUCGGAGCCGCGACGGUCGACGAGGGCGCGCGCACGAGAGGAGGCCGCCCCUCCGCCCCCCAGCACGCCCAAGGAUACACCCACCAAGCCGCCCUCCAAGUCUCUGAAGCGCAAACGGCCGAGCAUCGCACCCUCGAAAGAUGCAACUCCAGGCAGAGGCACGCCCGUCGCCGAGGGCCCCCAGCAGCCAUCGCAGCCCAUGCUCCCCCUCCGAGUCGUAGACGGCCAGCCCCUGCCGACGCUCUCCGAACCGCAGUCGCUCGAUCUCUCGUCGCAAGAGUACCAGGACAUCCAGCACAGCGGCGUGCUCAGUGCCUCCCUCCAGCGGUCCCGGGCAAUAUGGGUCUCGGGCACCAACUUCAGGCUCUUCCACGCCUUCUUCACGCCGCCGAAGAAGGUCGCCGACCGCACCGAGGAGGACAAGCAGAACAUACAGCGCCAGAAGGAGAUUGUGCGUAACUUCCCCCAAGUGGGCGAGGCACAGCUGGUGAUAGAGCCGCACACAUUUCCCAUACGUCUCUACGGGCCGCGAGAGGCUGUCAGACAAGUGCAGAAGAAGGCGCCGACGUAUGGACAAUGGCCGAAUCACAACCAGCAGAGCCCAUACCAGUACAACCACCCCCCACCUCAACACCAACCGCCGCCUCCUCCGCGCCCGCCACAGCCCAAGCCGCAGCCGCAGAAGGCACCGCCACCUCCGCAGGCGCCUGCACCGGACCCUGUCAUUCACAUGCUGGCGCAACGAGCGGGACAAGAUCCUGAACUGAAGGCCGUCAUGAAGAUUGUCGCCGCGGGGCAAGCGACGAAGGAACAGCUGGAGUUCUUCCAGGGCCACAUUAGCGAACUCACCAAUAUAUUACAGAAGCAGAAAGAGGCGGGAAUACAGCAAGCUCCGCACCAGCCUGGCCCUGCACCUCCGCCGCCGAAACCAGCCGCCGCACCACGCCCGCAGCCAAUCGCGCCACCUCCACAACCCGUUGCACCGACGCCUCCACCACCACCUCAGCAGCAGCAGCAACUGAUACCACCUAAACAGCCUCCGCCUACCCCUACUCCUAAUCCUCCACACGUCCACCAGCCGCAGAUGGCUCCACGGCCCCCACCACCUCCAGGGCCGCCGCACCUAUCGCAUCCUCCCAACUACAACCACAAGCCACCGUACAAUCAGCCACCGCAGUACCAUCAGCACCAUGCUCAACAGUAUCCUGCAUACCAGGCGCCACGGGUAACCUAUCGCCCGCUAGUGUUUGACUUUAAGGAGGGCAACGGUGACAAGUUCUACUUUCCAACUUACAGUUUCAUGGAGUGGCUGCCCAACAACUCUGGUGCCAAGUUCUCGUUCUUAGUUACGAAGAUGAAACCAAAGCCGCCACCUGCUGCAGACAUGAAGCCACCCGCCACACCAGCGCCGAAAGCUGCUCCCUCUCCCGCUGCUGCUGCUGCUGCUAGCACGGUGCCAACACCCACUCCAGCAGGUGAUGCCACUAGCACAGCGACUCCAAGUAGCGCUCUGCAGAACGUCGCAACUCCUGGACCUACCCAAGCGACCCCUGCAGCGACCACAACGCCGGCGCCCAUCUCGCUCCCACCCGCGACCCCCUACGUACCACCCCCGAGGAUCGAAGAUUUCGACGAGAAGGCCGAUAUCAAGGAUAUCGAUUUCUACCAGCCUGUCACCGUGCUUGUCAUGAGCGGCCACCCAGACAUACUGCAGUCGCUGCCACGCGCCAUCCGCCCGCCGGAUGCCGUAGAAAAAUACAUGAACCAGGUGUUUGACACGUGCAGGAGGGCGGAAGAGACAUUCUUAGCAUUCAGGUUACCCAAGGAAGGAGGCGCGGAGGCUGAAAACGAGGAGAAGAAGGCGAAGAGUGGCGACGCUACGCCCGUGGUUCGCGCGGCCGAGAACGAUGUUUUGAUGGGCGGGACGUCGCAUUUCGGCACGGAUAAGAAGAAAGUGACGGGCCGGCCGAGGAAGAGCAUAGCGGUGUGAGGAGGCAUCUGAGGUCGGAUUACGUGCACUCAGCGGGGCUUGUAUCUGCAAAUCAGACGGAUCCUGAUCAGGGCAACAAGAGGUUUUGAUGCUUUGGGAGACC